CCGGGCAGCUCCGACGGCGGCUCCCACCUCCUCAAUAUAGAUAGCGCUGCCUCGACCGCAGCUACGGUCUACGUAGCUCACAGCGUGUAGAAGCGGGCAGCCGCAACGCGUGCGCAAGAUGGGCCGCAAAGACAAAGCCCCACCUUUAACAAAGCGCAAGAUCAAGACGGAACGGCGAUGCCGGCGCUGGCAGACGUUCCAACGGAGAAGACGCUUGUUGGGUUUCGACGACGUGCCCCAGGCCGAGCGGCCUCGCUUGGCCACGCAGCGGACGCCGAUCGCACUCAGUCUAAGGAGCAUCGAGGGCUGGUCGGCACCUCGAGCGCUGAAGGAGCGCCUGGCGGCCGACGGCGCUUCAUUAGAGUGCGCCUUAUCACUGUCGUUCUUCGAUUGUGCCAGUAGAAGGUUCUUCGGAGGCACGUGGAUCGGACGGCCGCAGACCGUGGACACGUCCCGUGGCAGUACGAUCCGAUCGUCGGAACUGGUCCACUGGUGUUCUCGCGUUGAUGAUCCGGCCUGCGUCGCCGUCAUUGAGGUCGUCGCUUGCGCGAAGAGGGAUGGCCGGACGGUUGCGCAAUACGGGUGCGGCUGGACGUACUUGCGGCUGUUCGGGGAAGAUACACCUCUGUCCAUUGAUGCGGCGGCGGAACCGGACGGCGACGUGCUGAAAGAUGGGAGUUAUGAGAGAAGACCGCUGUAUGACGGGACGCCGCGGAAGUUGGUCGUCGCGGCGGCCAAGCUGAAUAUUAGUAGACAAAACCCGAAAGGGAAGGGCAAAGGUGAUCUAGCGAGGGCCGCCGGUGCUGAUACGAUCAAGAAUUGCUCGUUGGUGUGUCGCGCGAGACGGCACGACGGCUUGCAACGAGCGUGGCAUUUGUUAGGCGACGAUGAUGUGGUGGCGGCGGACGACUUAGUGCCUGGUUUGGCGCCCUGGUCGUCGCACGGUGGCUCAUCUUUACAGCUACCGCCGGACGGUAGAAGCAUGUCAGGUAAGCGACCGAUGCUGGGCUAUCGCAAGAUUGACGACUCGAGAGGAAGGACGAGUGAUGCCUCGAUGUGGCACCUCGUGCCCCAGCCCAAGCCCAAAUUAGCGACGGAGCACGCCUUGCACCUGGAUUGUCUCCAGGUCCGCGUGCCCGACAGAAAGCGCCUCGAACAAAGACUGAAAAGAUACGUCGCGUUCCACGGGCCGUCGCAACCCUCGGAAGGUCAGGAGGUCACGGAGAAGAUCGUGGCGCGACGGUUGUGUCUCGGACUGCACAACGGCCGCGCUCUCGUUGGGAGACGAACGCGGGCCGACGGCUUCGAAAGGGUCGACCUGGACACGAACGGCGACGACCUGUCGGCGGCGAUCGACGACAAGAUCAUCCUGAAUGGCUACGUGAAGCACGCGUUGUACGCCGUGGUCGUCGCGUUGGAGUACGAGAUCCAGCCCGCGCAGAAAGUUGCUGUUUUAUCCAAUAAAACGGCGGCACCGAAAACCUUCAAGGUUACAUUAGGAUUGGGCGCCUACGUGCCCUUUGACGGGCGGCGCUUACGGUUGUCGACGGGCCGAGACGCGCAGAACGUGUCCUACUGCGAGAUCGACCUGAACGCCGACGAUACGUGUCGAGAAGUUUCGAGAAGCUUCGUGUUUCCCCCGUCCUCAACUGGAGAGGGCCAGUCGGCUAUGUCGGCGACGGGCACCGGUGAUUUCGAUACGCAGACGCUCCAGCAGUAUGCUUCCGGGAAAGUCGUGCGGUUUUGUCUGUCGGCGGUCGACGGGCCGGCCGCGAAGAAGGGCAAGGAUCGUAGAUUGCAGGACGAGACGCCCGAUCGAGCCUCUGAUGAUAGUUCAGAUGUGGAAUCUGUCGUUGAUGACGAGGACCUGGGCGAGGAGGGCGACGACGGUCAAUCAUCGGAGGAAGAGGACUCCAUCGCGCCCCUGCCCAAGAAGAAGAAGAAGAAGAAGUCCAAGUCGAAGAAGGCACGGGAGUCCUCAUCAGAGGAAGACGAGGAGGACGACACGUCUACUUUGUCGAGAAGCGUCGUCUCCGGCACGUCUCGUCGAUCCGAGCUCCGGCCCCAGCGCCGCCACAAGAAGAAGACGAAGAAGUACCGAAGGGACUCGUCGGACGACGAGGACUACGUGCCUCGCAUAGAAAUGAGGAAAGACGAGGACGGCUGGCGGAAAGCCGCGCCCUCGUCCGGGAGCAUGCUCGCGUCGCUGCUAGGCGCGCCUCUGCACCGCGCCGACGGGUUCCAAGCCCAGGGCCACCCCGUCGCCCAGGCGCCGACGUCCGUGACGACGGCCGUCGGCGGCUCCAAGCCGCAAGGUGAUUCAUUAUCGAGAGCCCAGCGGUCUCGUCUAGCUAGACAUGGCUACCCGACCGUGCAACUAGAUGAUAGUAGAGCCUUACAACCGGGCAACCCGGAGAUGGUCAAGUACGAUCUUGAUCUCGAGGCCUCCGAUCCUUUGGCCUUGCACGAGAUCACGGUGCAGUUCGCCGCCUUUCGGGCGAACACGCCGUCCCAGGUGUUACCUAGAGCGGUCUACUUCACCUUCCAGUUCUACACGCUGCCUCCCACAAGAACAGAGCGAUUGAGACUAGCCUCGAGAGCCCCGGAAGAAUCAAAGGUCGACAGAGGCGUCGAAGCGCCCAACGAUGCGUCACGAUUGCUAGUGAGGGAGACAGGACGCAGGGGAUCGGACGAGCCUCCCCUCAUCCUCAAGUUCGCGGUGGACUGUAAUACCGGAGCGCCGAACGAAGCGCGAUUUUUCGCCGAGUACCUCGCGACGAAAGUCUUACACGUUGAUGUGUGGGAUGCUGAUUCAAGACUACAUGUUGGUACGUCGGCGAUACCGUUAGAUAGGUUGCUACGACAAAGAGCCCCUGUUGCCAAAGUCGCCGCCGAGUAUUCUGUUGUGGCUCCUUACGGCCUGGUCGACGAAGGGUUGUACGGUGCGUCGUCCUCUGGUAGUGACGUGCAGGUGGCGUCGGCGGGCAACGCUGGUUCUGUGGUGGGCCACGUCCAGGUCGUAUGCUGCAACUACGGCGAAGAAAGUAGUCAUAACAAUAGGGAGGAAUCGAAGGAGAACGAGGAGCCCAACACUUCUCGAGAUUGGUUGGAUUGGCGUAGGGGUGCCUCUACGGACCUGAAGAAGACGAUCUAUGAAGGAGUUUCUGAGAAAAGGGACGACCCGCUACGCAACAGUUAUUCUUCGUCAAGGAGGCGCAGACCGGGCCACCGCGUCCGCGCGAGGCCUCUCGCGGAGUCCUCGCCGGAAUUAGGACAUUUGCUCGGUGCCCGGGAGAAGCGCGGCGGCAUGCUCACGCAAGCCUCGAACAACGCGACGCCAUCGAUCAGUUCAGACCAGAACGCCGUGACCUACGACGAGGUGCUGACCAUGGUUAGAAGGUUCCGCGACGACACGAAGCGCGUGAAGUACGCCGGACCGUUGAUGGCCCUGCUGGAAGCUCCCAAUCUCAAAGCGCUCGAGGCGCAAUUAGUUCGUGUUUUGACCAAGGCGGAGAGGAAGGGCACGACCCUAGAAAGAUCCUUCGCGCACUUCGAUCGAGAUAGGUCCGGCACCAUCAGCUUGGUGGAGCUCGAGGACGCGCUGCGAGCCUUGGGGUGUUUCCGGGGCCAGAACAGUGGCGCCGUGUCCGUGUUGCUGCGGAAGUUCGACAGCAACGGCGACGGCGUCAUUUCAUUGGACGAGUUCUUGGCCUUUAUUCGAUCGAAGCAGAACACUACUACUAGCACAAGGGAACCUUCGGCGAUGGGCCCCGUCGAGGGCGCGGCCUUGGAGGCUCGCAUUAGGUCCAUCCUGCUCAAGGCCGAGGAUCUAGGAGCGUCGGUGGUCGACGCCUUCACGUCCUUCGACAAGGAUGGGAGUGGGACACUCACGGUCAAUGAAUUGAUAAAAGCAUUCAAGAGCCUAGGAACCUUUGCGGACCUGUCGAGAAAAGAAGUUGAGGCCUUCGUUAAGUUACGAGAUAGGGAUAACUCAGGUACCCUAGAAUUGGACGAGUUGUUCGCGUUGAUGGGGAGAGACUAUGCGGACCACCUCGUGCUCAAACUCAAACGUAUACUAGAUGGUAUUGAACAGAAAGGCGUGCGCGUCGCGGACGCCUUUGCCGCGUGGGACCAGGAUCGCGGCGGCACUUUGUCCAGAAGGGAAUUGUUCAACGGUUUCCGGGGACUGGGAGUGUUCAAGGAGAUGGCCGAGACGGACGUCGACUCUUUGCUCAAAAAAAUAGACAAAGAUGGGUCCGGAGAUAUUGAUGUGAAGGAGUUCUACGCCUUCGCGAAGCGGGACUAUGGGGAGUUCGUUGCGGCUCGAUUGAAAGCGGUCCUACGAGCGGCAGAAGCGAAGCACGGCGUCCCGCUCGACGCCGCGUUCCGCGAAUGGGAUUCGAACAGGGACGGCAUGAUCUCGCCUUCCGAACUACGAUCCGGAUUGGAUUCAUUGGGAGUCUUCAAGGGCGUGCAAGAUGCCGAUGCGCAAAAACUAUUGAAUAGGAUCGACCUCGACGCCAGCGGCAAUUUGUCUUUAGCAGAAUUCUUAAGGUUUGCGGGCUGCAACUACGUGGCUGUGCUAGCUAGACGCUUACGAACCAUCCUCUUAGCGGCGGAGGGCAAGGGCACGACGCUCGAAGCGGCGUUCCGAGAGUGGGAUUCGAACGACAACGGCUUCAUCACGGACACGGAACUCAAAGCAGGUUUGAGGGCCUUGGGCACGUUCAAGGACAUGACGGGCGAUUCUCGAUCUGACAGUAAGGAAAUCGACGCCCUCAUUCAGAUGUUCGACAAAAAUGGUGAUGACAAGAUAAGUGUGAGGGAACUCCAAAGUUUCAUGGGCCGCGACGUCGUGUUUAGUAUCGAGAAUAAACUAAGGCAGAUCGUGCAUUCGUCGGAUUUGGCACCUAGCGAAGCGUUCAAGCACUUUGACAAGGAUGAAGAUGGCGCGAUUACGCGCGAUGAGUUGGCCGCGGGUUUGCGCGAAUUACCGGGUCUGGAGGACAUCACGAACGCCGACGCGGGCGGCUUGGCUCGGUUGUACGACGACGAUGGGGACAAUCAAAUCAGCUUGGAAGAGUUCACGCGGCAGUUGGGUAGUAGUGGGAAGGUCGGCGAGGCCGAGAGUGCGGUGCUCGCUUCGCUAAGAGCCGCCUGUGCCAAGAGCGGAAGAUCAUCCUUCCAGGAGGCGCUGGAGAAGCGCGGAUCGAGCGUGGACGAGGCCUGCCUGUCGGAGGCGAUGAAUGUGAUAGGUGCUACGGGGACGUCUUCUGAACAACGUCGAUUGGUCCUCGAGAGAUUUGGAGGUAGACCGUCUGUUGGUGUAGUAACAGCCUUCGCGAAAAGGGGCGGCGUCGGAAGCCCGGACGAGAUCGCCCAAGAUCUGGGAGAACCGUCGGCUUCACCGCCGACACCUCCAUUAACAAUCAUGGCGCACCCGGCGCUACGAGAUCCGGCGCUACGAGCCUUCGCCGACUUACUGUUAGCGUUCGAGGACGACGGCGCCGACCUGGCCGUGGCUUUUAGGAAACUGGACACUGAUCGAAGCGGCGCGGUCGACGCGCGACAGCUGCGGAGCGGCUUGAAAUCACUGGGCAAGACCUUCGCGCACUUCUCUGAUGACGACGCGCGCCGCGUCGUCAAGGCCCUGGACAAGGAUAAUUCCGGAGAUUUGGACCUGGUCGAGUUACGAAAGUUCGUGAGGCUGGCGCGGGAGGCGCGCGACGGACCCCAGGAAGUGGAUAGCGAGGACGCCGACCAUUUAGGUGAUUUACUGAUCAGUUUCGAGGACCAGGGCGGCGACGUCGAUGGGUUUAUCGCGCGACUUGAUAGGAACGGCGACGGCCGCGUCACGGGCGACGAAUUGUAUCGCGGCUUACGCGGUCUAGGUGAGGUGUUUGAUUCCUUGGACAAGAAGCACGCUAGAGCGUUAGUACGAAGCCUAGAUGCGGACGAUUCCGGGGGCAUCGACGCGCGAGAAUUACGGAGUUUCAUCAAGAGCCACCGGGCGAAGAAUAGCAAAGAUAUCAUCAAGAAGGGCGACUCCCCCGAUCUGGUGCGGGAGAAGCUGCGCGCAUUGCUCCUGAGGACGGAGCAGAAGGGCACGUCGCUACGCUCGGUCUUCGAAGCGUUAGACGAAGACGACAGCGGCUCACUCUCGGUCAACGAAUUACUCGGUGGCUUGAGCAAGCUCGGCAUCUUCGACUCGUUAGACAAGCGGGACGUGCAAGAUUUAGUAAAGAGAGAUCUAGACUCUGACAGAAACGGGAACGUGUCGAUCAAAGAGUUCCUCGCGUUCUGCCGCAAUUCGAAAGCGCCCGCCUCAUCCAGAACAGUAGAGAAGGGUGGCGACGACGAGGAUUUGGACUUGGUGGCCCAGACCUACGAGUUCAGCAGCGAUCCUGACGUCCGCGCCAUCGAGAAGAAACUCAGGAGGGCGGCGCGGGAGGUGGCGGCGCGCGGCGGCGACGUGCGCUUACUCGCGUCGCAGUACGACCGGGACAACUCUGGUAGUAUCGUACGGUCUGAUUUUGUGCAGUUCCUGAUGCAGCUCGGGUUGAGUCUUGUGGAUGCUGGCGGCGUGCCCAAAGAUACUAGGAGGGAGGCCGGCGACGCUCUUAGGGAGAGGCAGUUGAGGCAAUUGGCUCGCGUGAGAGGUGGUGCCGCGCCCUCACGAGCCAGAAGAUUGUUAAAGGGGCCUUCCCCAGACUCGAACCUGACGGACGAGUGGGACGAGUUGGCCCUCACGCAAUGGUAUAGAGAAGGCGCGAAGAAGGAGAUGGUGCGGGGCAUGCUCGCCAAGUCCAUGCUGAGUGCCGUGCAAAUCUACCCCAGGUUCGGCACUACUUGUUGGUUCGAGGUCGAAUUAACCAACCCUUUUGGGAGGGCCGAGCGGUUCGCCGUCGACGUGCCCAAGGGCGAGAAGGAGCUCAGGGUGGUCACAUCGGCGGAGGAGUGGCAGCAUCUGAGACGCAAUGUGCCCGUGGCGUUCGGGACCGUGGGUCAAGGAGCGGUCGAGGCGGACAUGAUCGACGGUUCCGGCCCGCCGGGCGCGCCGCCCAUGGUCUUACUGAUGGCGCGCGAGACCGUGCGCAUCCCCUUCGCGUUUUUGUCUUUGACGCCGCCGUCGCACGAUCUGCGCUGGGGCCGCGACGACGAUAAGGAGGAUGAUGCGAGGACGGUGCCCGUGCGGUUCGUGGCCGCCGGCGGGUUUGUCGUGGCGGCGACGGAAGUCACAGCUAGACAACGCGCGUGUGUCGUCGAUCGGACGUUUAGAUUUUACCAGGCCGAGGGCGAGAUCCUGAAGAGGUGUGUGCGAGUGAUGCCCAACGCACCGGCGCCGAUGGAAGAUUUAGGAGCGUUGGGCGGCUGGGCCGCCCAGGCCGGCGCACCUAGGGCAACGGAUGACCGGUCCAUGUACGUGCACUGCGUCGGCACUGGCCGAGGUGAUGCGUCCGAUGUCAGUAUCCAAUGGCGCGAGUCCCAGGACUGCCCCGGGGCGCACGAGGUGCUGCUCAAAUAUGCCCGGGUCGGCGCCUUUCCCAGUGUCGGCGAGUUCUUCGUGCUCGUGUUCCGCGACCGGUUCUGCGCUCGAUUGGCGGAGAUGUGGCACGUCGUCGUCCAUUCGAGACUCAGAGCGGAUUUGGCCGGCGUCGCGGGCCAGGCCGCGGGCGUCGAGUUGGUCGUAAGGGGCGACCGCACUCCCAGAGUCGUGCGCGCGUACGCGGCGCCGGCCGGCGGCGCGUCGAUUGGAGACGCGACCUUCGACCCGCCCCAGGACUUUAGGUUGGUGCCCCACGCGCACAACAAGUUCGCCGUGCACUAUCGGGCGCGCGAGGGCGGCGCCGCGCGCGUCCACGUCCACCUCGUCGACACGGACACUCAUGAAUUGGUGGCGGCGUGGCUCAUGACCGCUGUCAGCUCGCAGCCCACAAUUACGAAAACUUAUGAUGUCGAGCUGUCGUUGGGCAAGGCCGCGACCAAGCGCAUUCCGUAUCGAAACCCCUGGAACCGGCCCAAGUCGUUCGGCCUGGUCUCGUCGGACGAGAACGUUCUGAGACCGCGCGACGGCGGCGCGCGGGUCACGAUCCCGCCGAACGGCGUCGAGUACCUGCGGCUCUACUUCCCCGCCGUGCACCGGCGCGGCAUGCUGCAGUGCCUCCUCUACGUCAACUCGGAGCACGACCAGUCCGAGGAGGUCUUCCUGCUCCGGUUGCUCGUCGCCUAGGCGUAAGGUGGCGUUUUCAGAAACAC